AUGCAGGGACACCAUUUACGCAGUGGUGUUGACACGGCUAACAGUUGCAUUGGGUAUCAAUCUGGGAUGAUUAGACGGUCAACUGGUUGCUGGAGACGCGUGAAACUUAAAGUGACGACUCGGAAUCGUGGCCGCGAUGUUUGGUCCAGAUGGAAAUUGCCAUCAUCGAAUGCUGAGCGCACCACCCGCACGAAAAAAUCCAUUGUUUUGAUAUACGAACAGGAUUUGUGGGCUGGGGAUGAAUUGAGUAACAGUUGCAUUGGUAAUCCAUCUGGAACAAUUGGAAUGACAACUUCUUGCUGGAGACGCGUGAAAGGGAAGAGCCGCGACGUGGUUGUUAUUUCUGGUCAAGAUAUAAAUUUUGUUAAGUGUGAAUCACCGGAUAACUCACAACAGGUUGCCUAUGAGUCAUUCCUCAUUAACCUUUGUGCAAGUCCAAAACUGAUCACAUGGAAUUCGACUUCAACCCUCCAGCCUGAAGUCUCAGAAAAAGCAUUGAUCAAGUCUUCCGCUUGUGUUUUGCUACCUGCCAAAAGAAAGUGUCCCGUUCGCCGACAAAGACUUCCAAAAAUCUUGAUUUCGAAUCAAGAUAGCAAUUUGGACAUGGCUCCUGCCACCAAAGUUGAUCCUAAACCGUCUCUACUCAAUCCAACAGCUAGUUUUAUCCCGCUCACUGAAGACCAAUCCCAAAACUAUCAUAUCUUCAAUGAGUUACUUGCUGAACACGAAAUAUCAAAUGUUUCCCGUUUGGCACCCGAACUCCCCUCGAUCACUCCUAACCCAUCUCGGGGAACGAAAAGAUCAGUCUCAAACUCACAACUUUUCACAGCUAGUUCACCAACUUCAAAGAAAUCAAAACCAACACUUCACUGGACCGAAAUCUUAGAUGAUCUGAUGACGGCUUCGGAUUGGGAAGAAGCAGAAGAAGAGGCACAGAAAGAAGCUGAUCAAAACAAAAAAACAGUUGAUGCGACUUCACUUAAACAAACAGUCUCUUUCAUCCCGCUCACUGAAGACCAGUCCGAGAACUUUCAUAUCUUCAAUGAGCUACUUGCCGAAUACAAUGUAUCUACAUCUCCAAACCAUUCACUUUCGACAUCCAAAACCACUUCAAUCAACACCAACUUAUCUCAGAGAACAAAAAGAUCACCUUCACAUUCACAAUUUGUCACCACUCGUGCACCAAUCUCGAGAAAAUCAAAACCAACACUUCAUUGGACUGAGAUCUUGGAUAAUUUCAUGACAGUUUCUGAUUGGGAAGAAGCCGAAGAAGAGUUAAUGCAAGAGUCUAAUCAAAGUAAAUCGAUAGUUACUUUCAACAAAAGCAAAGAACCAACUUUGGAUCUAGAAACUUGUGCCUCUGUACCACAAGAAUUCACACCUCUCACUUUUGUAGAAUCUUCAAAUUUUGAUAUCUUUAAUGAGUUGGUUCUAGAACACCAACUUUUAGAGACUUUGAAAUCCUCAUCAUCUGAAUGUACUACUGCCACAUCCUCCCCACCACCGAGGAAUCAAAACUCUUCUUCAAUAUCAACACCUUCAAAACCUAGCUUACAAAGUUUCAAAGAUAGUCAAAGACAGCUUCAUUGGUCUGAAGUUUUGGAUAGUCUUAUGACAGACGAAGAUCGAGAAGAGGCAGAUGAAUCUUUCACAAUUUCCGUCAAAUCUGACUUGAAGAAACCUAUCACUUGUCCUGAAACACCUUUGGAGUCUUUUAUUCCUUCAUCUUAUUCGAGCGCUGAGAAUACUCAUGCUUUACCCACACCUAUAGAAGAACUUAAAGAUCCUUUUGAAUUGAUUAGUAACGAUUAUCAAAACUCUUACUAUCAAUCAGAUAUGAGUUUUGAUUUGGUGAAAUCUUCUUUAAAAGAAUCUGAUUAUCUUUCAAUGGAAUUUUCAAGUUUUAAUUUUGAAAAUUCUUUUUGUAGUUGA